AUGGGAAGAGAAGUCUACAGUCCUGCUAUCACGGCUCCUGAUGCGACCACCACAUGGCAUGUUGGUUCUACCGUCGAAGUUAGGUGGGAUACAUCGAAUGCACCAGAAUUCGCAAGGAACUACACGGGCAGACUUGUCCUUGGCCACCUCGACGGAGGCUAUGAUGAACACCUAAACCUGGACAAUCCCCUCGCAGACGGCUUCAACAUCACAAAAGGACACGUGAAGGUCGUGGUGCCGAAUGUCAGUCCAGCUGAUGAUUACAUUGUCGUGUUAUUCGGAGAUUCUGGGAACAGGAGUCCUGAGUUCACAAUUAUGUUGUGA